AUGGCUGAGGGAGAAGCUGCAUGGCAUGGUUCGUAUGUAGAUAAACGGCGCUGCAAUCAUGCACAUACUCGUGGCCACUUGAUGCAGAAGGUCUGCGGCAAGAACCACGUGGCCGUCAGCGAGGUCAAAAAGAUUACACGUCGAGUUGCGGGCUCGAUUACGAUGUCUAUAAGAGAGAAAAUCCACCAGGCGGCACCACGCAGUAGGGAGCUCCGUCGCAUCAUCCAAGAGACCAGCGACGCACCAGACGCAUUGAAACAUCAAGAGAAUCGCAUUGCUGAGCUCUCGAAAAGUAUAUCCAGGUUACAUCGGGACAGGGAAUGGCUAGAUCAGAAGCGGGAGGCAGCCCUCAAGCAACACAAUGCCUACACGGGUAAUCCUGCGAGGAGGUUUGCAUUUUGGAUGAGUGGACAGCAUUUCAAGGGGCGGCAGGAGCAGGAGCAACGGGACUACCUUGAUAUACUACAACAGCAACAAGAGGCAAAGAGAACAGAGCAGCAGCUUGACGCUCGAUAUAACAAGGCCACCACCAUUCGCACAGAACUAGAGUGUAUUGCAGUCCGGCAUCAUGAAGCCAAGAAGGAGCUGGAGUUUCUAUAUGGCAGCGUCUUCAAGGGGCCAACUCCAGAGUUCCCACAGGAAGAUGCUUUUGAAAAGUCAGCUGAGCAGUCACUGCAGUCAUAUUACGACGCAAUUCUCCAAGUGGAGAGAGUGCAGCGAGUUAUCACGAUCUUGACGGAGGCUCGGAAGGAUGUCACGGACGCUGCUGGCGGUCAAUUGGAGUUUAAACUCGGUCGUUUGGAGAACGCCAUUCACAAGCUCAAGUCAGCACAAGCUCUGCUAAACCAAGUAUCGGGGAUUCCACCAGUAAUGCUGACUGUCAUUGCUCUCCCGGCAGUCCCAAUCCAAGGAAGUUUGACCGAAGACCUGGAUUGCGGCAGCGCUGUGAGCAGGAUGAGGGCAAAUGAAGAGACGAGAGCCUGGGAAACCAAAGUGAAAUCGCGCCUGUUGGCAAUGGAGCGGAACUUUGUCCUCGUGAAGGUUGCCUUUGUAGAGGCAAAGAUGACACUGGAUGGCAAGGCAAGAGAACUGAGACACGCGAAUGAUCAGCUACAGGAUAUUCGAGCUGAGAUAUUCGAAAGAGUUGCGUCCGAACGGGCUCCAGAUCCUAUUCCACAAGAAAUCGAGGCCCCUCCGGGCUGCUAG